AUGAAGUCCUUAACCGGCAAGCCUCUGCUUUUCGUGCUUGGUCUUGCUCUUACGAGCAAGAUCAUUGCUGCAGAGAAAGGUUCUGGCUUUGGAAAACGACCAGCCCCCUGGAUUGUGUAUGAUGUGCCUGGGGACUUUGCAGAUCCAAAAGGUCUAGCCAGACCUUACUUACGAUAUUGGGUUCCGGAUGCGGACGUUGAGGACACCAUUUUGUUUGGUGACUUAAAGCAAAUCAAACAAGCAGGCUUCGGCGGUGCUGAAAUCAUCUGCCUCGAAAAUUAUGGCAUCGAAGACGCCGUGGUUGAUCCAGCUCUCUAUGGUUAUGGAGGAGAUAGAUGGAGGGAUAGAUUCAACACUAUGCUUCGUGCUGCAGACGAACUUGACUUGCUCAUCGACUUGGCUCUAGGCCCAACUCAGGGAGCCUCCAUACCUAUCUUGGACCCCGAUUCUCCCGGAAUGAACACAGAGCUGGCAUAUGGCAACGUCAGUUUGUCUUCUGGCCAAGUUUUCAACGGAGAGAUACCACCCCCAGGUCAGACCUACCCAGGCUAUGCAAACGCUCCGGAUUUCCACGCGCCUUUCACAAAUUUUACGAAUAAGUUUGUGGCUGCUGUUGUGGCAAGGAAGAGCAAGAGUAAGUUUUCUCCUAGCCACAUGUUGCACUCUUACCUAACUCUAGAUAUAGUUCCAUCUACAGACCCUCGAGUGACUCAACUUGACUAUGAUAGUGUCGUAGAUGUCACACAUUUGGUCAAGGACAGUCAGCUGCGCUACAAGGCGCCAGCCGAUGGAAAUGACUAUGUGCUUUUCACCUUCUAUCAACGUCGCACUGGCUAUCUUGCAGCUCAGGGGGCUUUUGGCAAUGCCACAAAUCCAGAUAACCCAGCAUCCUGGUUUGCCUAUGUUGUGGAUCACUACAGCCAAGAAGGAACUGACCUGUGGACUGAAUUUACGGAGAAAUAUGUGAUGGACGGUGAGAACGGAGACCUAGUACGCCAGCUCGGCCAUUACGCAUGGGAAGACUCAGCGGAAUUCCGAGCGACACUCUUUUGGACAGAUGAACUGAGGUCUUUCUUUCGUCAAUCACGAGGCUACGACAUUACCAAGGCAUUGCCAGCACUUUUUGGUACUACGGGAUUGCCACCCAGCACUCUUGCCAAUUCUUACUUCCACUUUGCUUUCAGUGAUCAUGAGAAUGGUACCGACAUUAGCUGGAAGCUCCGAAAUGACUUCUAUCAAUGCUUACAGGAGAUGUACGAGAAGUAUCAUCUAACCGGGCUUUCCGAGUGGAGUAGCAAAUGGAAUAUGCAAGGCAGUCUUCAGCCGUACGCGACAGCUCCUAAUCUAGCUCCUCCAUGGGAUAUGGUCUCCGCAGCUGCUUAUAUCGACGCUCCGGAGACCGAGUCUAACUACUUCGAUGGAGUUAUUGAUGCUUUUCGCGCAAUGGGAGGUGGCGCUAUGCUUGGGAACAAGCAAAUAUUUUCCAGUGAACUUGGCGCUCAUCGGUACGAGUCAUACGCUAUCACCUGGCCUGUCAUCCUCAAUGACUGUAAGAUCAACUACGUGGGCGGAGUGAAUCGGAUUGUUGCCCAUGGCUACCCUUAUUCUGGGAUUCGACCAGAGGUUGAGUGGCCGGGCUUGACGACAUUUGAAUGGACAUAUUCGGAAAUGUAUGGAGCGAGACAGCCGAGCUGGCCAUAUGUGAAGGAGAUGGGUGAUUGGAUUGCGAGGACGCAGUUGAUUCUUCAGACAGGCGUGCCCCGUGUGGAUGUCGGCGUUUAUCGACACAAAUAUCUGUCGGUUGAUAUAAAGCACUACGGCAUGGCCGAGAACAUCUUUGGGGAUCAUUCUCUUGAAAAUAAUGGGUACUCGUACGUCUCCGUUAGUCCGUCACUGUUGAAAUUCGACAACGCUGUUAUUACCAAUGGCUUGCUGGCUGAAAAUGGUCCCGGGUUCUCUGCUUUUAUUGUCGACAAUUCUACAAACAUCACCGUCGAAGCAGUCACCAGAUUCUCCGAAUGGGCCGAACAAGAUUUCCCAAUUUUGUUUGUUGGCGGAGUGCCGGAAACAACACCAUAUUAUUGUGACUCCUGCGAUGAACAUGUCAAAACAAGCAUGCAAAGGUUACUACAGUAUCCGUCUGUCAAGAAUCUUGACACCGAGGCCGAAGUUGUUGGUGCGCUUCAGGAGCUGAAUAUACAGCCAACUGCAAAGAACCUCUCGCCUUGUCCAAUUCUUUAUGUCCACCGCAUUGACACCCCUAACAAGGUUGACUAUUAUUGGGUGUAUAACUCGGACAUUUAUGAGGAUCACGCGACGGAAGCCUCUAUCAAAGGAAAGGGAGUGCCGUAUGAGCUCGAUGCAUGGACGGGUGUGAUCACACCCAUUGUGAACUACACCACUUCUGGUGACAGAUUCAACAUCUGGGUUGAGCUUCGAUCUAACCAAUCGACGAUUGUGGCAUUUGCUCCCAAAGGAUUCUUCCCUGACGUCAAGGUUGCCGACAUCCAUGUUGUGAAGACCAAUGUGGAGUAUCUGAACUACUCUGCUACUAGCAACGCCCUAAUUGCACGCUCAUCUUCCACUUCUGAUCGGGAAAUCGUCCUUAGCAACGGCAAAAAGUUCACUUUGGCGAGCUCUGCCAAUUUGAUGAAGCCGUCGAGGCUCGGUCCGUGGAAUUUGACUGUCCAAGACUGGCUGCCAAACCCCACUCCUUGGACCAACUACACGUCAAUCUACAAGUACCACACGCUCACACUGGAUAACUUGAUUCCUUGGUAUAAUAUCACCGGCCUCCAAAGCACUUCGGGGAUUGGGACCUAUACAACCAAAUUCACAUGGAGUCCCAACUCUGCAACCAGCGGUGCUUUGCUCGACCUAGGCCCAGUCUUCCACACCAUCAGACUAUGGAUCAAUUCCCAAUGGACGGGUCCUAUUGAUGUAACAGACGCCAUUGUGGACAUAACACCGUACUUGAAAGGAGGAUCGAAUGACGUGAAAAUUGAGGUUUCGUCUACGCUUCGCAAUCGACUGCUUCAGGUGAAUGUAACGCAAUCCUGGGAACAGGCCCAAUACUCGAGUACCUAUGGGCCUCAACCCUAUGGCCUGACUGCUCCUGUGACUCUGAUUCCUUUCGCAGAGAAGGUUAUUUCGCUUGCAUGA